CGGCAGAAACUAACGAUUUUGUGAUUCAGCUGAUCCACACAUUCUGAUUUUCUGCCACUGGAAUUUUCUGUCGCUCUGUCGUGUGAUAGACAACGGGAAAAAUAGAGCAAACACCCAGAAAACGACAACACACGGACGGUGUGUUAAGCAGCAUGACAACAGUGGCAGACGACGUCCCCAACAUCCCGUCUAACAAAGACUUCACUACAUUGCAGCCCAAUUUUGCCCUUUCUCCCAAAAGGAAGAAAGAUUUUGAAAAUGAUUUUGACACUGAUUGGAAGCAGUCGACUGAAGAACUUGAGGUCAACAUCAGAGUUGACUUCCUCAGUAUGGGGGUCAAGGAGCCGGAUGACAUCGACGUGACGUUUAGUGAUAAUGACGUUGUCAUAGGAUUUCCAAGUGGGAAGAAAUGGACUUGUGACUUUUGUCAUCCUGUGCUAGGAGAAAAGUGUAAAGUUCAAAUUAAAAAACACAAGGUCAUCCUCAAGGUUAAAAAGAAAGAACCAGGCAUUUGGAAAGAUUUAAUGGCCUCUCCUGUGGAAGCUGCUAAGUCUGACUUCAGUUGUGAUUCACCGGAUUCACCUUUGAGUUCCCCCUCAGGGUCCUCAGAAAUGUUUGACCCCCUACGCAGUGUGACCUCUAUGUCUGUUAAUUCUCAGACAGAGGACACAGACAGUGGGGUUCAAACAGGGGACAAAGAAGGAGAUAAAGACGAACCAGUCUAUGAGCUGAAUCAUGUGAAACACGAUUAUAUUGAGAAGGACAACCUGUUUACGUUACAUGUGUAUGUUAAGGAAAUGAAGAAAGACUAUGUUAAAGUACUCUGUGAACCAUGGAAUCUGACUAUCCAAUUUCAGACAUUAGAUCAGAAGUUUUUACAGUUACACCCAGGAACAACUGAUGAAACAACAUUCAUCUGGAAAGUCAACUUAAAAGGAGAGAUUUUACCAGACAAGUGUGUACAUCGGGUAUCAGGAAGUAUGCUAGAGGUCAAAAUGUUUAAAAUCAAGCAGGAACGAUGGAGUUCACUAGAGCCGAGCCAACACAAAGCAACAGCUUCCAUCGAGUCUAGCACAGCAAGGUCUGAUGGAUGGAUUUCUACAGGUCAAAAUAAAUCUCCCUCCACAUCUACCAUGACCACUAAGCCUGAAUCACCCUCCACAGGACAGGUGGCAUUUGACGAACUCGCAGAAGUGGGCGUGUCCAAGAAAUCAGACGUUGAGGUGGACAACAAAUCCUCAGAAAUGGGAGCUACUGGUGUCAGUAAAGAGACCUACGUUCAGAAGCCCACAUGUAAAGUCUCACCAAUGAACAAGAACUUAAUGGAUCAGUGUGUCCGGCCAGGAAUGACAGGAUUGGAUAAUCUGGGCAAUACAUGCUUCAUGAACAGCGUACUGCAGGCAUUAUCCAACACCACAGAGUUCAGAGAUUUCUUUCUACAAUCCAGAUUUCAGAAUGACAUUAACACAGAUAAUCCCCUAGGAAUGGGAGGCAAGCUAGCUGUCUCUUAUGCUGUUCUACUUAAAAUGCUGUGGUCAGGCACUCAUUACUCUUAUGCUCCCUCUAAACUGAAGAGUUUAAUUGCACAGAAGGCUAGUCAGUUUAAUGGAUUUGCCCAGCAUGAUGCUCAGGAAUUCAUGGCAUUCUUUCUGGAUGGUCUCCAUGAGGACCUAAACAGGAUUAAGGAUAAACCAUAUACAGAAACUGUAGACUCGGAUGGAAGGCCAGAUGAGGUAGUAGCAGAUGAAGCAUGGGAAAUGUACAAGAAAAGAAAUGACUCCUUCAUUGUGGAUCUCUUUCAAGGGCAGUAUAAAUCAAAGCUGACCUGUCCUAUCUGUGGAAAGAUCUCUAUAACCUUUGACCCCUUUUUAUACCUGUCACUUCCUCUUCCUAAGAAGAAGCGCUUGUUACCUGUGAUAUUUAUGUGGAAGGAUCCUUAUAAGAAACCAUUGCAGCUGGUUCUGAGGCUGCCUAAAGAAUGUACUGCAGAAGUCCUGAAAGAAGAGGCCUCGAAAAAGACGGGAGUAAAACCAUCAGCUAUGAGAGUAUAUGAAACAUACAAAGGGAAGAUCUACAAAUUUUAUGGGAAAGGGACCGAUCUGAGUACAGUCCAAUCAAAUGACACAAUAUUAAUAUCGGAGGUUUUGACAGAAGACAUAGCAGGAGAACCUGUCCAUGAGAUCUAUGUCGUUCAAAGAACAAUAAUGCCAAACCAGGUUCCUACGAGAUGUUCUUCAUGUCGUCGCCCAUGCCCUGAUGGCUCUAAACUAAAGAGGUGUACCAAAUGUUUUAAAGUGGGAUAUUGUGACCAUACCUGUCAGAAGAACCAUUGGAUGUUACAUAAGAACCACUGUAACAUGAUCCCCGAGCCUGUAGGGUCUCCGUUCAUCGUCAGCAUUCCGGAAUCCAGAGCCACCUUCUCACGCCUCAGUACACUAAUGGAGGCCUAUGCUAGGUACUCGGUUGAUGUAUUCCAGCCCCCAGUCAAGACAGAGCACAAGAUCCAUUCCUCGGGCAUGAGCAGUAGUAGUAGCCAAUCAAGUGGAAGUAUCAACAGUCUGGAUAGCCAAUCAUCUUGUAGCAGUUCCUGUACAAUCACAGCAGAACAGGGACCCUCCGAGGAUAAGGUGGAUUUUUUCAUCGGUGAUACAAAUCUAUCUUUGGACCUCAGUGAGGCUAAUAUGAGUACCGAUAACAGUUACUCCAGUCUACAGAUGGGUAACGUGAGUGAUGGAUCCUCCACUAGUAUCGGAGCCAAGGCUGGUAGUAUCUCCUCCCUGGAUUCAGCUGGUAGUGGGAGUGGAUCUCAGUCCUCUCCCGUAUCAGGGGACGUGGAUCUAAGCAGUGACCUGAGGGAGAGUCCAGAGGAGGAGGACCAGGGGAAUUUACCAGAGUCAGCCUCCUUCAAGACCCCCAAUCUACCAGAGUUUUCCUCUUUUAAGAUGCCUAAAACCCACGAACAAGAUCAAUUUGGAAAAUCCUCUUCUGACAAUGAACCUGAAUUAGAAAAGACCAAAACUGUUCCCACCAAGCAAGUGUUAGGCAUCAAGUCAGACGAGAUGGAGAGAGCAAAGCCCUUGUUUUACAUGAAACCUGUCAAUCAAGAUGGGGUGGGGAUCCGAGGACCUGAGGGGGAGAGGCUGGAGGACCUAGGAGAUGAACCUCUUGAUCUUACAUAUAAGCAAUUUCUCUCUAUUGACUGGAAAAAUCAUGAGAAAUUUGAUCCUUAUGUAUUGGUACAAACCAAAGAUAUGGAGUAUGAAGAAGAUCCAAGCAACUCUUCUCCAUAUAAUGAAGAUACAGGAAACAUUAAUAUCCAGCAGUGUAUGGACCUGUUUACAGAACCAGAGAUUCUGAGUCCAGAGGAAGCCUGGUACUGUCCUUCCUGCAAGGAGCAUCGAGAGGCCACAAAACAAAUGUCUAUCUGGCGCCUCCCACAUACACUCAUCAUACAGUUAAAGAGGUUCUCCUUCAGAAACUUUAUCUGGAGGGACAAGAUUGAUAAAAUGGUGGAGUUCCCAGUCAGGGGUUUGGACCUUUCUCCAUACACAAAGGUAGGGGGAGACAAAUCUCCCCCUGUAUAUGACCUGUAUGCAGUGGUUAAUCAUUAUGGUGGGAUCCUAGGUGGACAUUACACCUCAUUUGUAAGGACACCUGAUCCCAUUGAUCCAACCAAAAAUGAACUGGAUUGGAGAUUGUGCGAUGACAGUCGAGUAACCUUCAUUGGUGGAGAGAAAAAUGUGGUGGUCCGGGGAGCUUAUCUUCUCUUCUACAGGAAAAGAGAGCCCCUGGAAUCACUCAUGCUUAUCUCCCCUAACCCUGAACUGGAGGAAGGGGACCAAAAUGGGAAUGCAAACUUCACCUCACUUGGAACUAAAUCAGAUGAUAAUGAGGCUGAGAAAGAACCUUGUUACAUGAAGGAUGAGAAUCUCAUUGAUGAUGAGGUCGUGACCUCCAAUCUUGACAAUACAGAACCGGAUGACUUUGGUGAAGGGUCAGGGGUCGAUAACCUGCCUUAUCUACCUUUACUGACAGAUCAUCGAUACCAGAGGAUGUACGGGGUGUCAGGGGAGGAUGAAGUGGAUAAGGAUUCUGGAUACAGCCAGAGCAGGUCAAGUCCCACGGAUGACCUCGGAUAUACUGACAUGGAGGCAGUAGAUUGACCUUAUCUUGUAAAUAAGCCAAAGGUCAAUUUCUUUUGUAAGUGAUUCUGAUGUUUUUACCUUUUUGGUUUUUUUCCUGUGUAUCUGUCUGUAAUGAAAUUUACAUGACUGAGUGUAAUAAUUAAUGUACAUGUAAUUUAUACCAUUGUUUGAAUAUUAAAUGGAGAUGAAUUGCCUAUUGUUUUUCUUCUAAUCAGAUUGAUUAUUCAGGAGAAGUGAUACUUUGUACAGAAAUAGAAACAGUUUGCUUUCAAUUUGUAUAGGUUUGAUCAUUUUUUGUUUGUUUGUUUGUUGUUUUUUUUUAAUAAACAGGUAAAUGUUCAUUAAGAACUUCAUGAUCAUAACUGAAAACUGACCACUUAUCUGAGAUUGAAAUAUACUGUGUAGUAGUUUUAAAAAGAAAAAGAAUUCUUUCCUUUCAUCUUUAAAUUAUGUUUAAUAUUGUAAGUGUAUUGGAAAUAUUCAGGUGUUACUAUUUUUCAUUUUUUUCAGCAAUAGCAAGUUCUACAUUGUUUUUACAUCAAUCGUGUUUGAAUUAAGACUCCAGUGUAUGUAUUAAUAAACUUACAUUGUUUAAGUAGGCUGUAACAAGUAAAUCUGUUAAAUCUGUCAUAAAAUCAUUACAUUACAGAGAAGGACUUUGGAUUCUUGAUACUCAUUUUGAAAUAUUUUUAGAUAAAAAGCAGAUAUGUUAGUGAAAGAAAUUCUUUUUUUUUGUUUGUUUGUUUUUGAUGUGAAAUGUAGAACAUUUCAGAAAUGUCCUGAAACUUUCAUAUUUUAUAAUUAUCAGUCUCUCCUUUCAUUUUUCUUUACAUUAUAUCAGAUAUAGGUUUACUGACUUUCAUUGUUAAUAUUGUGGCUUUCUUCCCUGGUCUUGGUGUACUUCUUCCACUUCCAUAUAUAAUUUUCACAGAGAAAAAAAAACAAUAUAAAUGCAUCUACAGGUCUGUAAUUAUUGUUCAGAUUUUAACAAUGUCUUUUAUACUUAAUUCCAUGUAGAUCAUGGGCUGUUUUCUCUGCAGUGAGAAGGAUGUUUGUGUAAGAGUUAUCUCUCUUAUUUAAAAACUGUGAUCAUUUUGUUCUAGUGCAACAUUUUGUACAUGUUGGGCAUUAUUUGUGUGUGUACAUUGGAGAUUCUUAUGUGUUCUAUUUAGUGAUGAUGUAUAUCACAUUCAGUUAAUGAAGCUUUUUUUUAAUCAGGAAAUUGACUUGUCUCCCUUUAAAUGACAGGUACAGGAAUAACACCUUGUCCAUCUGUCUCCCAGUCCAUCUAUCUGUCUGUGCAAUUGUGUCCUAUCUAUAGUUAAGAAACAUUGGAAUUUCUUACUUUUUUGGCUUAAUGGGCUUGUCAUGACCUUAAGCCAAGGUGAUUUGGGCAUAUUCAAGGUCAAUGGCAGAAAACAGUGUAUAGUUUGUGUCUGGUGAUUAAAUUUAGAGAAUCAUUGACAGUUUGUUCUUUACAGAAAAAUUAUCUAUGACCUGGAGGUUUCAUGACCUUGACCCAAGGGUUCAUAAAAAUGUACAAUUCCUGUCCUUGCCAUAUCUUGCAAAGAAGAAACAAUUGAAACUUGCAUAGAAAUAUAAAGAUUGUGUUUCACCUGAAAGUGUUUUGUGACCUUGUCUCUGGAUAAUUUGGGUAAGAUCAGGGUCACUUGUAGAAAAAAAAUGUAAAAUUUUGUAAAAUCAAAUCAAUGACUGUAAGAGGGAUGCUUCACCAAUAAUGAAGAUUGCUUAUGACCCGAGGGAAGAUCAUGACUGUUAAUCAUUUUGGCAAGUUUAAGAUCACUGAUAGAAAAACUGUUUGGGAAAAUAAAACAUUGGACAUCCAUGCUUGACACAAAGAUAGCUUAUUGCUUAUGGAUGUGUUGUAAUUGUGAACCCAUAGUCAUUGGACAAGUUCAAGGUCACUGAUAGGAAAAUACCAUGCAAAAUAACAAACACUAUUCCGUUUUGAAAACAAAGAUAGAAAUCCUGCUAAUAAUAAUUUUAAAAAUUGCAGCAAGAGGUAACUCACAGUUCCUCUAGUUUUCUACACACAUUGUUGAUUUCUAAGUCUAUGAAAGAUUUGUAAAUGGAAUACAAAAUUUAUGUUCUUUAUAUCAGUGCAUCAAUGUAAAGACACAUUGUACAGAUAUGAAAUAUGUGUGAAAUUAUUUUAAAAGACAAAUGUCGGUAUGAAUGCUUUUUAUCAAAUUUUUCCAAAAUGUGAUGUCUUCAACACAUUGAUUAAAAAUUUUCUAAGUAGACCAAGCUAUACUUUAGAUUUAUUGUUAGUAAAAGUUGGAAUAUAUGAUAAAAUAAUCACUGUGUGAAUGAAUUUUAUGUACAGUGGGUCUUUCAAGAAUUCAGAUUUUCUUGGUUAUCUGGAAUAAAUAUUAUUAAAAUCUAUAUAGAACAAAUGUUUCUAGUCCAUUUUACAAAUAUGUGUGCAAACCGUAGUGUAAACUUGGAGAGAUAUUUUAGACGAGAAACCUUUCAUUUCGACAGUAUUUGUAUUUGUGUGUUUUGUAGAUGUGGACUUUUUUGAAGUUUGAACAAGAUGUUAAGAGAUAGGUCUAUAUUCCUCAAUAGAUAAACAAGAGAGAUAUUUGUGACAUCAGGCUAAUAUUGACAUCUUAUGUUUUACGUACAUUUUGAUUUCUUUAUUUUGUGACUUCUCUUAUUAUAAUUGUAACACGUUACAGUGUUUUCUGAGUAUGAUUGUUUUUGUUGAUAAUUCUUAACAAUUCUGUCAGAGUUUGUUAUUUAAGAAUAAACGUCU